AUGACCAAACGGAGAUUGAGUCUUGCCUUGCCGGUGUAUCAACAUUGCGGCGGUAUUCCGGCCGGACAAAUCGACGAGACAACUCAGACACACGUCACCCGAUUGGACACCCCGCCCAUAGUCAGUGGCGGAGCCGGGGGCCAUGCGAUCGCAGAGAGUGGGGGCGAUGUCAUCCUCUGUAUGGAUCGGGAGCAACGGUUUUCGUGGGGAGAGACGCAGGAGAUUGACACUGGUGCCUGUAUCAGUAUAUCCCCAUCCCCCACAUCCAUUCGCUUUCCAGAAAUCCUCCAAACUCUGGCCGCCAAGCAUGGCACCCUGACAUGGCACCAAGAAUACGUCACAGAUUCUGGGCAGCUUCCAAUCUCGACCCGCGGACGCCGUGUUCGCUUACAUCAUUUCUGGAUUCCUGGUCUGCGCUGGGUGUGCUAG